GAACCCAGGACUGCCUGAUGCCUAAGGCAGGCCCUCCGUUCCCACGUGCGGGGUGGUCGGUCAGCGGUCAGCAGCCACGGGUGACUCGACUAAGGACUCUGAUAUCAGGGCAGCCUGAGGAAGGCUGUUGGUGGGAAGUCCAGCCUGGGGCCCUGAGAGCUGUGAGAAGGAGAUGCGGCUGCUGCUGGCCCUGUUGGGGGUCCUGCUGAGUGUGCCUGGGCCUCCAGUCUUGUCCCUGGAGGCCUCUGAGGAAGUGGAGCUGGAGCCCUGCCUGGCUCCCAGCCUGGAGCAGCAAGAACAGGAGCUGACGGUAGCCCUUGGGCAGCCUGUGCGGCUGUGCUGUGGGCGGGCUGAGCGUGGUGGCCACUGGUACAAGGAGGGCAGUCGCCUGGCACCUACUGGCCGUGUACGGGGCUGGAGGGGCCGCCUAGAGAUUGCCAGCUUCCUACCUGAGGAUGCUGGCCGCUACCUCUGCCUGGCACGAGGCUCCAUGAUCGUCCUGCAGAAUCUCACCUUGAUUAUAGAUGACUCCUCAACCUCCAGCAACGAUGAUGAGGACCCCAAGUCCCAUAGGGCCUCCUCGAAUAGGCACAUUUACCCCCAGCAAGCACCCUACUGGACACACCCCCAGCGCAUGGAGAAGAAACUGCAUGCGGUACCUGCGGGGAACACCGUCAAGUUCCGCUGUCCAGCUGCAGGCAACCCCACGCCCACCAUCCGCUGGCUUAAGGAUGGACAGGCCUUUCAUGGGGAGAACCGCAUUGGAGGCAUUCGGCUGCGCCAUCAGCACUGGAGUCUCGUGAUGGAGAGCGUGGUGCCUUCAGACCGCGGCACAUACACCUGCCUGGUAGAGAAUGCUGUGGGCAGCAUCCGCUAUAACUACCUGCUAGAUGUGCUGGAGCGGUCCCCGCACCGGCCCAUCCUGCAGGCCGGGCUCCCAGCCAACACCACAGCCGUGGUGGGCAGCGACGUGGAGCUGCUAUGCAAAGUGUACAGCGAUGCCCAGCCCCACAUCCAGUGGCUGAAGCACAUCGUCAUCAACGGCAGCAGCUUCGGAGCCGACGGCUUCCCCUAUGUGCAAGUCCUAAAGACUGCAGACAUCAAUAGCUCAGAGGUGGAGGUCCUGUACCUGCGGAACGUGUCAGCCGAGGAUGCAGGCGAGUACACCUGCCUCGCAGGCAAUUCCAUCGGCCUCUCCUACCAGUCUGCCUGGCUCACGGUGCUGCCAGAGGAGGACCCCACAUGGGCCGCGGCAGUGCCCGAGGCCAGGUACACGGACAUCAUUCUGUACGCGUCGGGCUCCCUGGCCUUGGCUGUGCUCCUGCUGCUGGCCGGGCUGUAUCGAGGGCAGGCGCUCCACGGCCGGCACCCCCGCCCACCCGCCACUGUGCAGAAGCUCUCCCGCUUCCCUCUGGCCCGACAGUUCUCCCUGGAGUCAGGCUCUUCCGGCAAGUCAAGCUCAUCCCUGGUACGAGGCGUGCGGCUCUCCUCCAGCGGCCCCGCCUUGCUCGCCGGCCUCGUGAGUCUAGAUCUACCUCUCGACCCGCUAUGGGAGUUCCCCCGGGACAGGCUGGUGCUUGGGAAGCCCCUGGGCGAGGGCUGCUUUGGCCAGGUAGUACGUGCAGAGGCCUUUGGCAUGGACCCUGCCUGGCCUGACCAAGCCAGCACUGUGGCCGUCAAGAUGCUCAAAGACAACGCCUCUGACAAGGACCUGGCCGACCUGGUCUCGGAGAUGGAGGUGAUGAAACUGAUUGGCCGACACAAGAACAUCAUCAACCUGCUGGGUGUCUGCACCCAGGAAGGGCCCCUGUAUGUGAUCGUGGAGUGCGCCGCUAAGGGAAACCUGCGGGAGUUCCUGCGGGCCCGGCGCCCCCCAGGCCCCGACCUCAGCCCUGACGGUCCUCGGAGCAGUGAGGGGCCACUGUCCUUCCCAGUCCUGGUCUCCUGUGCCUAUCAGGUGGCCCGAGGCAUGCAGUAUCUGGAGUCCCGGAAGUGUAUCCACCGGGACCUGGCUGCCCGCAAUGUGCUGGUGACCGAGGACAAUGUGAUGAAGAUUGCUGACUUUGGGCUGGCCCGCGGCAUCCACCACAUUGACUACUAUAAGAAAACCAGCAACGGCCGCCUGCCUGUCAAGUGGAUGGCACCCGAGGCCUUGUUUGACCGGGUGUACACACACCAGAGUGACGUGUGGUCUUUUGGGAUCCUGCUGUGGGAGAUCUUCACCCUCGGGGGCUCCCCAUAUCCUGGCAUCCCGGUGGAGGAGCUGUUCUCGCUGCUGCGGGAGGGACAUCGGAUGGACCGACCCCCACACUGCCCCCCAGAGCUGUAUGGGCUGAUGCGUGAGUGCUGGCACGCGGCACCCUCCCAGAGGCCGACCUUCAAGCAGCUGGUGGAGGCGCUGGACAAGGUCCUGCUGGCCGUCUCUGAGGAGUAUCUCGACCUCCGCCUGACCUUCGGACCCUAUUCCGCCUCUGGUGGGGACGCCAGCAGCACGUGCUCCUCCAGUGAUUCUGUCUUCAGCCACGACCCCCUGCCGUUGGGAUCCAGCUCCUUCCCCUUCGGGUCUGGGGUGCAGACAUGAGCAAGGCUCAAGGCUGUGCAGGCACAUAGGCUGGUGGCCUUGGGCCUUGGGGCUCAGGCGCAGUGAGUGCUUGACCUUGGCAGCAUGGGGCCCCUGGCCCAGAGUUGCUGUCCCAGGUCUCUGGUUCUGCUUCGGGUAGGUCCCUCCUUGGUCCUGGAGUUCGUAAAGGGUCUUUCUGCUCUGGCCUUGGGUUCCCAACCUACAGCUCAACUCAAGUCUCAAGGCCGUGCCCUUGCCCUUGGAGCUGCCGUGCCUGUGUCCUGAUGGCCCAAAUGUCAGGGUUCUGCUCGGCCUCUUGGACCUUGGUGCUUAGCCCCCAUCUCGGGUUUGGCUGAGCCUGGCUGGAGAGCUGCUAUGCUAAACCUCCUGCCUCCCAAUACCAGCAGGAGGUUCUGGGCCUCUGAACCCCCUUUCCCCACACCUCCCCUGCUGCUGCUUGCCCCAGCGUCUUGACGGGAGCAUUGGC